AUGAUGCAUUCAAAUCUGGUGCUGCUGUUGGGCUGCUGCUGCGUCGUCACCGGCCUGCCCGCCGCCCGGCUCGACUCCGUCGUCCACUCGUGCGGCCGCAACCUGGCCGACAUCCUGGAACUGGCGUGCAGGGACCGAGGAGGACUCCAGGGGCCUGAUACCGUCGGCGUCGGCUUCAGGGGCCGGACGAGUGAGGGAGUCGUGGACAAGUGCUGCUCCAGGCCGUGCAGCUGGCGCACCAUCAUCUCGUACUGCGUCAACAGCACCAUCGUGGAGCAGCCUGACGUCGAAGAGAAUGACGAGUCGCUCGGAACCAGCUUGGAGAAUCUGAUAUUUUCUCCGUACUCGGCACCCAAGCGCAGAAGUAAAAAGGCCGGAUGCAGGUGCAGCUGUCAGAAGCGUGUCAGAAAACCUGAUCGCAACCGUUUGCCAAACAACUUGAACGUGGGAACCGUUUCUCCUGACUUGGCAAGACCACCUGUAAUCGUCAGGAACUUGUGAGGUUUCAAAUUUUGAUUGAGAAUACCAGUACCAAUCAAUCCGUCCAACAUCUCUACCUCUGCUGUACAAACGAAUUCAUUAAUAUUGUAAAAUAAAUGAGCAUGUGUGUUU